UGCAGGAAUGCCCACAUGCAGGAACUCCUCAAUCUGCGGCCGCAAUCACACACUAUCUGCCUGUGCAUGAAACCCUGCUGCCUCCCUGGGGAAUAAUAUCGCGAGGUUUGAUUGGCUGCUGGAUUUGGAACAAAGCUGCGGAAUUUCAAAGUGAUUUUGGCUGCUUGCUGAAAGAAGCAUGUGAGACCAGACAUCUAAAAGAGGUAGAGCAACUUGCAGGUGUGCGGUUAUAUGCGGGAUAUUAAGAACGUGGUGUUGCUGUUAGCAGUAGGAGGUUAGGUGAUGGUGCAGAGGCUUCAAUCCGUUCUGACCCUCUACCUGUCAGGAGUGUUUGCUUUCCUAGGCCUGUGGUGGUACAUCUAUCGGAAGAAAGAAUACCAUCUAACUGACAAGGAUGAUGCAAAUGAUGAGACGACCGCAGACCAGGAGCACCUGUCUUCCCCCAGAGACGUAGGUAACUGUGUUGUGGAGAACGGCCACUCGACUGCGAUGCAUCUGGACGGGCACGCAGUGAGGGAGCGGUCAUUAGUGGAACAGGAGCUUGUUGAUAUUACAAACACCCCAGCAGCAGCAGCAGAGCAGGGUAUAGUCCCACUCUGCCAAUCACAACCUGGGGUAAGGGUUGUGGCUGCAGACUGUCUCAUUAGUGGCCUGGUUACUGCUGCCGUGAAGCCUGUUUACGAGAGCACGGAGUCUUCAGCUCAAGUGUUCCUAGAGACUGCAGCUGAGGGUGGACCUGAGCAGGAUCUAGAAUUACAAUGGGAACAUCAGCCAUGCGUGCCAUCAGCCAUGCGUGCCACCAGCCAUGAGUCAACUUGCUACUUAUCAAUCUGUGACCUAGGCUCUGGUAAAUCUAAGUCCGUCGGUGAAAGUGCAGGUUUAAAUCAACCACCACAGUCUGAGACACUGGAGGACAUUACAAACAGCACUUUGAACCUGGAGCCUGCAGAGGAGGUGGUUAGACUGGAGCCUGCAGACGAGGUGGUUAGACUGGAGCCUGCAGACGAGGUGGUUGGACUGGAGCCUGCAGACGAGGUGGUUGGACUGGAGCCUGCAGACGAGGUGGUUGGACUGGAGCCUGCAGACGAGGUGGUUGGACUGGAGCCUGCAGACGAGGUGGUUGGACUGGAGCCUGCAGACGAGGUGGUUGGACUGGAGCCUGCAGAGCCGCAGGUGGUUGGACUGGAGCCUGCAGACGAGGUGAGGUGGUUGGACUGGGUGGUUGGACUGGAGCCUGCAGACGAGGUGGUUGGACUGGAGCCUGCAGACGAGGUGGUUGGACUGGAGCCUGCAGACGAGGUGGUUGGACUGGAGCCUGCAGACGAGGUGGUUGGACUGGAGCCAGAGGGAGACAUCCUGUCUGCUGUGGAAGAACCAACCUGUCUGGCUUCCCCCAGCCACCUUAUAACCAGUCAGGUGUCUGCCUCAAAGCAGCCAUUGGGAAUUUUGAGGUCACCUCAGAAGAAAAAGUCUGAGGAAUGUAAAUUCAGCAGGAGCAACACAGCAGAAAUUAACCAGCUCGUGUCAGGUCUCAUCACUGAUGUGGUCUCCGCAGCAGUCAGUCAAUUCCUGAAGGAAAAGACCCAGCUAGGACAUAGUGUUAGUCCUCUCCGUAGCAGGGACCCCUGCAAAGCCCCAGACCACAUCUCAAUGGAUAACAGUGAACCUGAGCAUAAGAUGCCACCUCUAUUCCAAGAGGAUCCGUGUUCAACAACCGGCAGAGAGAACAUCAGUUCAUCUCCUAUAGUUCAGGAGGACGUGGAACACGACCACAGCAGUAGAGCUGAGAUUGAGACGGAGAAGAUCGAGCUAGCAGUAGAUUCUGCAGUAGGUGAUUCUGGAUCCAGCUCUGGUCAGACAGAAAAGGUCUCCAGUGGCAAGGAGUUGAGCACCAGUAUGAGCCCGCAACUACCCAGAGGACCUGCUGAAGGACUGGGGGCCACCAGCAUGUUCCUCACUAACGGUUGGUGGAUGGCGACUGUUCCAGGCUCUGGUGUGAACAGCAUGGGCUGUGUAGACGGUUACUGUCAACAUGAAGCCAGGGACAACAAGCAUAGCAGUCCCAGUCUACCAAGUCAGCUACUGAACACCAAUCAGGCAAUUGAAAAAUACAACCAAAGUCACAACAGCAGCCAGUCACCGACUGUUUGGGAGAUAGAGGUGCCGAAGCAUUUUGUUGGUAGAUUGAUUGGGAAGAAGGGGAGACAUGUGAACUACCUGAAGGAGACGUCUGGAGCGAAGGUCUUCAUCACCGCCCUACCUAACACCCAGGAGUUCCAGAUCUGCCACGUAGAGGGGUCAGAGGAACAGGUGGAUUGUGCUCUGGAGCUGAUAAGGAAAAAAUUCAAAGAUCUAGAUGUGACCAACUGUUACGUCCAACCUCCAGUGGCCAGCCUUCCCUCUCUCUCCAUCACAUCCUGGCUGCUGCUUCCUCAUAGGGUUACAGUUGAGGUAACGGUGAUCCAGGUAGCAUCUGGGAACUGUGUGUUCCUCCAGCAGCACAAACACCCCACCUUCCAUGCUCUCUGCAGUCUGGACCAAAAUAUGAGCCUGUGCUACUCUCACCCAGGGUGCCCUCCCCUGCCGGCCCCAGUGGAAGUUGGAGUAAUCUGUGCUGCCCAGAUGCCCGAGGGAGCCUGGUGGAGAGCGCAGGUGAUUGGUCACCAUGAAGAAACCAUGGUGGAACUCCGCUAUGUGGACUAUGGAGGCUAUGAUAUAGUGAAGAUGGACACCCUCCGCCAGAUAAGAUCUGACUUCGUUGCGUUGCCGUUCCAAGGGUCUGAGGUGAUCCUGGAAAAUAUUGCACCCAUUCCAGAUGUUUCAGCGGCAGCCAAAUCUGCCCUGGAGGAGAUGACGCGAGGAUUGGCACUACUUGCACAGGUCACAAACUGUCACACCAGUGGCCUUCCUUUGGUACAGAUAUGGAGAACAGAAGGAGAAGAGUUGGUGUCUGUGAACCGUGCUAUGGUGGAUAAUGGACUGUGCAGCUGGGUAGACAGCCCCUGACCGUGAAGCGCAAUCCUGGCUGUUCAUAUAGUUUUAAUACCUCCUUCCUCCCUUGUGAGGUAAGCACAGAUCUCUAAGUGAUUGGAUAGGUGUAAGUUUACCACCCUAUUUCUUUCACCAAUCCAGAUCUGUGAUUACCUCACAGUAGCUAGGAAGGAACAAUGGAUUUCUGAAGUAUUCAAACAGGGCCUUUGCCUUUCACCUUUUUACCCCCUCAGUCCCACCUCUGGACUACUGCCUUGAUGGCAUAACAAUGUUGUCCUGCAGCACAACGUCUUCCUGCUCAACUCAACCGUUAUACCUGUUUCUUUACAACCAUGUACACACAAUCCAACUAAUUUAUUUUGUGAAGUUUUAUUUACUCUCACCCGGUCCUAUAAAUGUUUGUAUUGGACACAUAAUGUAAUCAUAAUUAACAAUCUCACUUAACCCCCACACACACACUGAAUACUAUUUUGUUUUUAAUGUAUACAUUUCUAUUAAGAAACUAA